GUGAAGGGGGAUACCAAGUUUGUUGUACACCGGGUGUACAAAAAAGUUUCUCAUCAGUCUCUGUUUUUCUCCCCACUGCGUGGUACUGUUUUACAACCAACGGACCAAACAAUACCCCCCGGACGCCAAGCAUAAACACCAAUCGAAAUCGAAAUGAUUCACGCGAACCUCCUCCGACCAAAAACCAGAACAACCACCAGCACCACGACAACGUCACCACCAAAACCCUCUCCCGAAUCUCCACCGCACUCAUCUAAUGCUAAAACCCUCACCCUACCUUCCAAAAUGUCUCAUCGCAGCAAAUCCCUCCUCAAACCCGCACUGGCCAUCCUCUUCCUCCUCUUAUCCUCCUACGCUUUCUUCAACACCUUCUUCUCCCCAAACCCUAACAUUAAUAAUCCCUUUGUAUAUUCCCAAAGACAAAAUCCCAUCACUAACUCCCCCCCAGUAGUAAAAGUCUACAUGUACGAUCUGCCCAGAAAAUUCACCUACGGAGUGAUCGAGAGCUACGCGAUCGCCAGAGGGGGUAUCAAGGUACAAGAUGACUCGCUCUUGAUCUACCCGGGUAACCAGCACUCGGCUGAGUGGUACCUGUUUUCAGAUUUGAACCGAGUUGGCCGAGUCGAUUCGGUCGUGACUCGUGUUCUGGAUCCGGAACAGGCGGAUUUGUUCUACGUUCCCUUCUUCUCGUCUUUGAGCUUGGUGGCGAACCCGAUUCGGCCUGCUACAGUUAAAACAAUGGAAGAUGGUCAUGUUUAUUACAAUGAUGAGGAGAUGCAGGUGGGUUUGAUCGAGUGGUUGGAGGAGCAUUGGUAUUGGAAAAGGAACAAUGGGUGGGACCAUGUUUUUGUGUGUCAGGACCCCAACGCCUUGUACAAGGUUGUGGAGAGAGUCAAGAGUGGGGUGCUACUUGUUUCCGAUUUCGGGAGGUUGGGCCGUGAUCAGGCCUCAUUGGUGAAGGAUGUGAUUUUGCCCUAUUCGCAUCGGAUUAAGACCUUUGGUGGGGAUGUUGGUGUGGAGUCGAGGAAUUCGUUGUUGUUCUUUAUGGGGAAUCGGUAUCGGAAAGAGGGUGGGAAGGUCCGUGACUUGCUGUUUCAAAUACUUGAGAAUGAAGAAGGUGUCACUAUUAAACAUGGUGCACAGUCAAGAGAGAGUCGGCGUGCAGCUUCACAAGGGAUGCAUACAUCAAAGUUCUGUUUGCAUCCUGCUGGUGAUACUCCAUCAGCCUGUCGUCUCUUUGAUGCUAUUGUGAGCUUGUGUGUUCCAGUUAUAGUUAGCGACUAUGUUGAGUUGCCUUUUGAAGAUGUCAUAGAUUAUAGAAAAAUCGCAGUUUUUGUAGAUACAAACUCAGCUGUAAAGCCGGGAUACUUGAGUAAAUUACUCAGGAGGGUAAGUACAGAGAGAAUUCUGGAAUUCCAGCAGGAGCUGAAAAAGGUGAAGCGAUACUUUGAGUACGAGGACCCAAAUGGAACGGUAAAUGAAAUAUGGCGUCAAGUCUCUCUAAAGCUACCGCUUAUCAAAUUGAUGAUAAAUCGUGAUAAACGUCUUGUCAAGAGGGAAUUGCCUGAACCAGACUGCUCUUGUUUGUGUUCGAACCAAUCUGGAAUCAACACCACACUAUGAUGCUUCCUUUGGGGAUUCUACGGCGAUUACAAAGGAUUUAAGAUUUGUUUCAUACUUGUGGUAAUUAAAAUGGUCCUUUUCUUCAUACUGUUCAGGAAAAAAAUAACUUGCGCAUGUAUCAUGGCAGGAAAAAUAACUUCAACAUACAUGUUUUAGUUCAUUCUUUGGAGACAUGGAGAAGUGCAAUUCGGCAAUAAACGUUUUGCUUUGUUGUAUUGUGACAAUAAGGGCUACAAAUCAGGGUUUAUUUUUUUGUAAUUAUAGUCAUGUAUGUGACCUAGAGAUCAGAGCUUAUUCAUUCGAUUUUUGUUUGGACAAAUAUGUCCUCCA